AUGUGGGAGGAGCGUGAGUGGGAGGGGCAUGAGUGGGAGGAGCGUGAGUGGGAGGAGCGUGAGUGGGAGGGGCAUGAGUGGGAGGGGCGUGAGUGGGAGGAGCGUGAGUGGGAGGAGCGUGAGUGGGAGGGGCAUGAGUGGGAGGGACGUGAGUGGGAGGAGCGUGAGUGGGAGGAGCGUGAGUGGGAGGGGCAUGAGUGGGAGGGGCGUGAGUGGGAGGAGCGUGAGUGGGAGGAGCGUGAGUGGGAGGGGCAUGUGGAGCAUGGGAGGUCGAGACGAAGGACAGCCUGCAGCCAUUGA